GAAACCCAGAAACUUACCAAAAUUUUGAACCUUUACCUCUUCUCCUCCAUACCCAUUUGAUCACAAAACAGUUUGUGGAACAGAGGAAAUGCCGCUUGUUAGGGUUGAAGUGAGAAACGUUUACGGUUUAGGUAAAACAGAGCUUCACAGAGACGUCAACCGUGAAGACCCCAAAGCUGUUCUUGAUGGUGUUGCUGUUUCUGGACUCGUUGGGAUCUUGCGUCAGCUCGGUGAUCUCACCGAGUUUGCAACAGAGAUUUUCCAUGGGAUACAAGAAGAAGUUAUUCUUACAUCUUCAAGAAGCAAUAAACUAAAGAUGAGACUGAAGCAGAUAGAAGCUACUGUUCCUUCAAUCCAGAAGGCAGUUCUUGCACAAACAAACCACAUACAGUUUGCAUACACUGGAGGACUUGAGUGGCAUCCUCGUAUACCAAAUGGGCAAGAUUACUUUGUUUAUGACGACUUGCCACAGUUUAUAAUGGCGCCAUAUGAUGAUUGCCGUGAUCCUCCACGGUUGCACUUGCUAGACAAAUUUGAUAUAAAUGGUCCAGGGUCUUGUCUCAAACGUUACUCUGAUCCUACUCAUUUCAAAAGAUCAUCAAGAGCUUCUAAACUUCCAGAGAUUAAGAAGAAAAAAUCUCUGCCUAGGAGCCGAGAUAUAUCUCGUGUUGCCUCAAUGGCUAACCAGAGUGACAGGAAGACUUUGACUUCUUUAAGCUUCAGUGGAAGAACCUCUUCCUCUAAAACUGCAUCAACCAUGGAAACUGAAUCCAAAUCCGACUUGCAAGAUCAUCGUUCUUUCUCGUUUGAUUCAAGAAGUGGUGGAGAGAAACUGAAAGGUGUUUCUACAUCUUCAAGGUUUACACCUGGUCCUCGGACCAUUGCUUCAGUUCUGUCUGAAAGUGAAAGUGAAGAUGAAAAUGAUGAUAGUCCUCCUUCUCAAGGUCUAACAGCUGGUGGCUCCUCUUGCGUUAGUUGGCAUGAGAAAGCUGAGAUAGUGGAAACUAAUGCUCUGAAAAUCGAAACAGAUGAAGCUCCUGAUGUAAUGGAUACUAAUGCUGAACUGGAAGAACAUGGAGAGGUUGAAACUGUCCAAGAUAUCAAACCAAGGGGAAUGGAGAUGGACAGUGAAGAUGAAACUGCAAGCGAAGAAGACGAUUUUGUUGAUGCACUUUACACCAUUGAUUCAGAAUCUGACAAUGAUCAAGAGGUUCAGAAGAAGAUCUCCAAUGAGAUUAUAGAAGAAGAGUUUGAUAAUAAUGUGUGUGAGCAAGAAACAGAGAAUGUUUCUAGCAACUUUAGUCUAGACCAUGAGGCCAUGUGUGCUUCUGCAUCAGAUCUGCAUUUAUCAUCACCGCUGAGUAAACCUGAUGAGAUGAUUCAUCAAGAUCCGUGGGAGGCUUUAGAUAUAAGCAAUAGUACUCCUCAUAGCUAUUCCAAUGGCUUCUCAAAUCCAUUGUAUGACACCAAUGGUGUUCAAGAAAACCAAGAAUCAGAAGACGAGAGUUCUUGUGACAACGAAGAAGGGCCUAAGUUAUGGACUAAUGGAAAUCUGUUGGGGCUGAAGCCAUCCAAGCCGAAGACUGUGGAGGAAACCAUCCAAGAGGCUGAUGCUGAGCCCUUGAGAGAAGAAGCUAACAAGGCUGCCUUUGACUGGUUUACUUCAUCUCCUCAACUUGAUCACAUGAAAAUAUCUUUCAGUAACUCAGAAGCCUUACCAAGUUCAAAACUGAAGCUGAAGCUUCCAGAUGAAUAUACAUUUUCUUCCUUUCAGUUGGUACCAGAGACUGUUACUGCUGCUUCACUUCCUGAUUCUGAUUCAGACAAGGACACUUUCUGUAGAACCUCUUCUUACGUUUCAGAUAACAGUGACAAUCACUCUGUGUCAAUCUCUGAGCAGCAGUCGGAAGAAGAGUCAGGUGAAAGAAAGAGCCAACAAGAUCAGCUUUAUGAUUCUUUUCAAAGUAUCAAUGCUGAAGCUUUUUCUCUCUCAGCUCCAUCUUCACAGUUAGAAACAUCAAAUGCUAACUUAGCUGGAAAGAUCUCUUACCUCCAGAAUCCAGCUGAGCCUUUACCACCUCCUCUCCCUCCGUUGCAGUGGAUGGUUUCUAAGGUACCAUCAGGGAGAUUCGAGGAUAACAACAAGCAGUCUUUUAAAGAGACUCUCACAAACGCAUUAGAGCAGAGAAACACUCUCACACGCGCACUGGAGAAGAGAAGCUCUUUAUCUACGAUCAAGAAAGAAGAAUUAAACAGUGGCAUUGCUUAUGCUCCUAAACCAGAUAACAAUAUAAGGGAUAAUAAGAAAAGUCAUGGCAACGCAAAAGAGACAGAAGCUGAAGACUUCUUGCAUCAAAUCCGAACAAAACAAUUUACCUUGAGACGUGUGGUCACUACAAAGGCAUCAUCAUCUGAAGCUACGAUGAACAACAACUUCAGUGUGAUUCUAGAGAAGGCAAACUCCAUCAGACAGGUUUCAGCAUUUACAUUUUGA